AAAAGCGAUUCAUAUUAAAACUAUCAUCUGAUAAGUCGGGAUUAUAUUUGAUUUUGGCGAAAGUUUAAGGUACAAGGGGACGAAAUGCGUAUACUUAACUUGACGUUGAUCGUUUUCGGACUUCCUACGUUAAUUCAUGGAACUGCUGAACAAGACCUCAAGAAACUCGAGGAGGAUUUCUGGUCAUGGCGCAUGCGCAACAACCCUUCAACGUCUACGUUCCAGGGACUUGGCAAAUACGAUGAUCUUAUGGAAUCCUACAAUAUAACAACGUUCGAAACAAGACGAAUUGAUACCGAAGCUUUUCGAAAUCGACUUUUGCUUAUCUCACGAGUCGAUCUUGACCCUAGUGGCAAGGUAAACUAUGACAUCUUAAAUGACACCCUUGAAACAUUUCUGGAGGGAAACAAGUGGGCAGAGUAUGGAGCAUUAAGUCCCAUCAGUUUUCUGGGUGGAAUUCAGCUUUACUAUGGACCAUAUUUCUCCUAUGGGAGCUCUCGUGGUGAUUUCGAGAAUUACAUUGCCAGAUUGCGCGCCGUACAAACACAGGUAAAUGAAAUCAAGGAACUCGGGCGAAGAGCUAUUGCCUUGAACAGGACGUUGCAUAAUGUUUCAAUGGCAAAGGUCCCAGGUCAAAUUGAUCGACUUAUUUUUGAUCAUCCAGAGAAUUCCUCAUAUUUCCUGAUUUUUGGCGACGAAUUGUAUAACAACUCGAAUAUUCAAAAUCAAACUGAAAAAGAUGAAAUAAAAAGUCGAGGAAGUAAAGCAGUGGUAGCUUACAUGGAUGCAAUGACGGACCUGAAAACAUUCAUAACAGAUGAGUAUAUGCCCGCUGCUCGCUCGCAAUGGGGAGUGUAUGCUUGGGACUCCAGUAAUAACUACUACAGGGCAUGUCUCAAAUGGCAUCUCUCGUUUGAGAUGUCCCCUGAAGAUGUUCAUAAUCUUGGCAUUCAGGAAGUCGACAAAAUUACGACUGCUAUGCAUAAGAUCUUAGACAAGCAAGACUUCAAAGGGACAGUUUCUGAUUUUUUCAAGAGUCUGGAAAACGACACAAGAGCUUUUUCUGACAACCAGACCUACAUUUUGCAGUUUUACAAUGACACAGUCUUCAAGAGGAUAAAUCCUAAACUUGGCAAACUGUUUAAGGACAUCCCAGAUGUUCCUCUUGAAAUAAAAGCCUCUUCCUCCGACGGACUUGGUGGUGGCUACUCAUCGGCGUCCGAAACCUCUCCUGGUAGAUUCACCAUUAACCUCUUCCGACCAAAGGAAGUACCUUUGUUUGAGGCUAUGGCACUGUCCCUACAUGAGGCAAACCCGGGACACCACAUGCAACAUAGUUAUUCAAUGAAAGCAGAUUUACCGGACUUUCGACGAGACCCGAUGUUGUCUUUCUACAACAUUCCAAACUGGUUUCCAUAUUAUUCUUCAUAUCAAGAGGGCUGGGGUUUGUAUUCGGAAUAUCUUGGAGAAGAACUGGGACUGUAUGAAGAUGACUACGAGAUGAUGGGUAGGUACAGUUACGACAUUUUGCGAGCAUGUCGGCUUGUAGUGGAUACUGGCCUUCAUUACUACCGGUGGUCACGUGAGGAAGCAAUAACAUACCUGCAAAACUAUACUGCAAUGGCAUAUGGUAGCGCAGCCAAUGAAAUCGACCGUUACAUUACGUGGCCUGGCCAGGCAUGCGCUUACAAAGUUGGGGAAAUAAAGAUCCGAGAACUUCGGAAACAUGCAGAGGAUGAAUUAGGCUCAAGAUUUAACAUACAAGAGUUCCAUCUACAAGUACUGGAGAACGGCGCCAUGCCAAUGAGUGUAUUGGAAUCUCUUAUAAAACGCUGGAUACAGGACAUCAAGUCUGAAACAAGCGCAGGCGUAAUAAACACCAGCAAUUUGUUGACUUUGUCGGCAUUUUAUUUAUCUUAUAUCAUUUUGUUUAAAUAAGCGUCUCUCUGAAUAUGUUUAAAGGAAUUUUCUCCAUACGUAUGCGGACAGCUUUUAUAUGAAAUCCAUUGACAGAUAUAGUUUGAAUAACUUGAACAGUAAUCGUUUGAAAAUAAUGCUGAAUAGUGUAUUCAAUGUUUAUAUGAGGGCCUUAAUUUGAAAGGAUUUGAAUGUGAAAGUAUGUACUUCACAUAAUUCAGACCAUCGAGUAUAAAUUGUUUCUUUCGAAGGCGGAAAACAUAGAUUAAUACAUAUAAGCAACGUUAUAAUUUUAAUGUAUGUUUUUUUUCUAUUAAAAGCUACGUGGCCAAUAAUUCCCAAGCAACAACUCGGCCAUUUAUUGAAAGUUUCGGGUAGGCUUUAAAAUUACAAAAAUGUAAUGAGGCCAAGUACCAUAACGCUAAGUAGACCCAUUCGAUAGCGUUAACAAUGCACUGAAAUAAAUGAUUUUGAUUCGUGUCUUAAUUACGCUUUGAAGUAACUUACACUUGAACUUUCAGGACCGGUAAAUUGUCAAUUACUUAUCCUUCCUAAAGCAUGAAAUAUUUCCCUUGACUUUUGAAUACACAUACACUACGUCUUCAAUAAGAGCACCGCCAUGAUGAACUAUCUUAACGAUCCGUCAUAUCUGAUUGUUAAAUGGCCGCGAAUUGAUUCCCAACUUAAAAAGCGCCAAAAUAUCGCAUUGCAUGCUGGACGAUUUCCAGCGUAUCACAUGACCGUAAAAUUUAACAGCCUUUUCGCGGGUAUUUUGGCACAUCUUUUAAAUGUGGAAUCUGUGGCCACGUAGCUAUUUAUAGAAAAUCACAUUUAUAAAGAUUAUUUUUAUCAGUACACAAAUCAUGUUUUUCUUUUUUUCUUUUUAUCAUUAAAGUCAAAUGAGUACAACAUAGAACUGCAUUAUACACGAUACGUUUCUUCUGUGCAUCACUCAAUGGUUUCAGUCUUCAGAGUAUUUACAUUGUGUUAGUAUUCCAUACAACUGAUUAACACAAACGCUAGGCCCAUAUUCGAAGACAAUCAGGAAUACCGUCAAGAAAUUAAUGCCAAAGUUUGAACUUGAAUUAAUAUGAACAAAUUUUGGAACGAAUUUGUCGAACAAUGUUCAACCUUUACUGGAAUGAUAAACUCGCGUUGGGGUGCAAUAGAUUGCAUCACAUUCACCUCGCCAUCUUUGACGGCAAGUCAGACAAUGGUGCCACUUCAUUGUAGUUCAUCGCUUCAAAUAAGCCGAUCAGAGCAAACUAUUUCGCGUUCUGUCAUAUUUAUCUUUGCCUUUGUGACUGAAUAGCUUCAUAGAUUGGGCUAUUUACAAUACUUCAUGAUCUUCUCAGCAGAGUUUCACCGAUAAAAUUAAAAGCGGCACUUUGAAAAAUAAUCAUUUAAUUUGUAAUUCAUUAGCUAUUAAACACAUAUUAUAACCUAUAUUAUACUAUAUACCUAUUAUGUGUUGUUCCCAAUCCAAAAUUAUGUAGAACAAGGCCUAGGUGUAAAGAAGUAUGUUGUUGAUUAUUUAG